GGCAUUCGGCGCGCAGGCGCAGGGAUUCGGCGCGGGCAGCAUGGAGUCGUUGGCCUCCGAGUUGUUUAAAGUUCAGGCGGUGAAGUUUGGCAGCUUCGUACUGAAAAGUGGGAUAUCAUCACCCGUUUACUUCGAUUUGAGAGUCAUUGUGUCCCAUCCUAUUCUACUAAACCAGGUUUCGGAACUCCUGUGGCAGGCUGCAAACAAUGCUGGAAUCAAGUGCAAUUCUGUUUGUGGGGUUCCAUAUACUGCUUUACCUCUUGCAACCAUUAUCUGUUCUUCCAAUAGCAUACCUAUGCUGAUUCGUCGAAAGGAAGCAAAAGACUAUGGUACAAAACGUCUGGUGGAAGGCACUGUCAUCCCAGGAGAAACCUGUCUUAUUAUUGAGGACGUUGUCACAAGUGGUACCAGUGUCUUAGAGACUGCAGAAGUUCUUCGUAAAGAAGGAUUAAAGGUCACUGAUGCAGUGGUGUUGUUGGACCGAGAACAGGGAGGAAGGGCCAGAUUAGAAGAUGAAGGGAUACGUUUACACUCUGUCUGUUCUCUAUCCAGAUUAUUAGAAAUUUUACAUGACCAAAGCAAAAUUGACAAUGAAAUAGUUGAAAGCGUCAAGACAUUCAUAAGAAAAAACGCUUGUCCACCAAUGAAUAAAAUGGCGAAUGGUUCAACAAAACAGGUCAACAACCAGCCUGAUGGAAUACCCAAAGCAAAAAAGCCCUAUCAAGAAAUUAGCUAUGGUGCUCGUGCCCAGCUUCCUGAGAUCCACCCAAUCACAGCACAGCUUUUUAAGAUAAUGGAAAAGAAGCAAACUAAUUUGUGUCUAGCUGCUGAUGUCACAAGCUCAAAAGAGUUGCUACAACUGGCUGAUUCGUUGGGUAGCGAGAUCUGUGUAUUGAAAACGCACAUUGAUAUCUUAAAUGAUUUUAAUCCAGCUGUGUUCAAAGAGCUAAGAGCAAUUGCUGAUAAGCAUGAAUUUUUGAUAUUUGAAGAUCGAAAGUUUGCCGAUAUUGGGAACACUGUUAAACACCAGUAUGAAGGUGGAGUAUACAAAAUUGCUUUGUGGUCUGACUUUGUGAAUGCUCAUGUGGUUCCUGGCCCUGGAGUAGUGAAAGGAUUAAAGGAAAUUGGGUUGCCUCUGAACCGAGGCUGCUUGUUGAUUGCCGAAAUGAGCUCUGAAGGUUCCCUAGCUACUGGAGACUACACCAAAGCAGCUGUAAGACUGGCUGAAGAGCACUCUGAUUUUGUCAUUGGGUUUAUAUCUAGCUCAAACAUCAGCAGCAGAUUAGAUUUUAUACACAUGACCCCUGGAGUCCAGAUGCAGAUUGGAGGAAUGGCCUCAACCCACAGUGUAUGUUCCACGGCACUAUGGUGGCAACAUUAAUGCUCUUGAAGGGCUGAUACGUGGAUAAUCUGGGCCAACAGUAUCUCAGUCCUGAAGAAGUGAUUCACAAGAAGGCCUCUGAUGUCAUCAUUGUGGGCCGAGGGAUCUUGUCUGCAAAGGAUUGUGUGGAAGCUGCACGAAUGUACAAAGAAGCAGGAUGGGCAGCUUACCUGAGCAGGUUGUCAUCUGUUAACAAUUGAAAGUUUGAACAAAAAUACUCGUGAGGCUAAUUGAGUACAGUCUGUUGAAAUUAAUAUUUUUUCCAUGAUUUGUUUUGUAAUGUGGAACAAUUAUUGAAUUUUAAAUAAAGACUAACAUGAUCAAA